AUGACCUCCCUCUUGCAGAGAGGCGGCAGCCAGGUGGCCUGGAACGAAACCCACCACUGCCGGCUGCUCGCGGGCAUGGUGCCCGACCAGUUCCAGAUGUGCCGGAGGAACCUGGAGGUCAUGCACAGCAUCGUCCGGGCCGCCAGUGAGACCAAGAGCGUCUGCCAGAAAACCUUCGCUGACAUGCGGUGGAACUGCUCCUCCAUCCAGCGCGCCCCCAGCUUCGGUCCUGACCUGGUAAAAGGAACCAGGGAAUCUGCCUUUGUCUAUGCUCUUGCUGCUGCUGCUGUCACGCACUCUAUUGCCCAGGCCUGCACCUCAGGAGAACUCCCUCUCUGUUCGUGUGGGUCUGUCCCAUCUGAGGUCCCCGGGCCUGACUUCCGAUGGGGUGGCUGUGGGGACAACCUGCGCUAUGGCCUCCAGCUUGGUGCUGCUUUUGCUGACAGUCCCUUAAAAUCCAGCAAGCUGAGAACACAAGCUAUCAAGGCCAUGAAUCUGCAUAACAAUGCUGUGGGCCGACAGGUACUGAGUGAUUCCUUGGAAACCAAGUGCAAAUGCCAUGGUGUUUCAGGUUCCUGUUCAGUUAAGACCUGUUGGAAGGGACUGCCAAACCUAGGUGAAAUUGCCUCUGACCUAAAAUCCAAGUACCUGGCAGCUAUCAAGGUGACCCACCGGCUCGUGGGGCCCAGGAAGCAGCUGAUACCCAAAGAAAUGGAUGUGAGGCCAGUGAAAGAGACUGAUUUGGUUUAUCUAAUCAGCUCUCCAGACUACUGCACUGUGAAUCUCCAGCUGGGGUCUCUGGGGACACAGGAUAGGCAGUGCAACAAGACCUCUGUGGGCAGUGACGGCUGCAACCUGAUGUGCUGUGGCCGUGGCUACAACGCCUACACUGAAGAGGUGGUGGAGAGGUGUCACUGCAAGUAUCACUGGUGCUGCUACGUGGUGUGCAAGAAGUGCCGGCGGAUGGUGGAGAGAUACGUCUGUAAAUAGCACAGGAGGCUUCACGGAAGGCAAGGGAGGACUCCUUGUGCUAGUAGCCUCCAGGGUGCAUCUGGAGACAGAACGCCAACUGUAAGGGAUGCUCUGAGCUACGGCAAGAAGGGGGCUGUGCUGGAAGCCUGGACUCUGGCAUUACCAUGGUAGACCACAAACCAAGUGAUGAGGGGGAGUAUAAAAUCCAAGGCCGACCUUUCCCCAUCUCUCCAGAGCAGGACAAAGGGCUGCCCUUCUGUAGGUGAUCAGGAGGGUCCAGCCCUCUGUUCCCUGCUGGGGACAAACCAUUUAUCACUCUGCAUGCACAGACCCUUUUCUCUAGGGGUCAAUGGGGACCCUAGGCUGCCAUUGUCUCUUUGCAGGAGGCUUUUGACAGUGGCCUGUAAGCUAGGAGUGAUGGAUGGGAAAGGGAGUAAAGAGCUGCCCAUUGGGAGAAGGCUACAGGGAAAAAAAGCUGAUGCUUAGGGUGAGGGGGUCAUGGGCAGUUGUUGUGGGGGGACAGGUUUCUGCUGUAGGCUCACCCCACACGACUGAAUGCUCUUCCUCAGAGGUAGAUAUUUGUCCAGUGUCUUGCAGCAUCUGAAAUGAAGACCAUGUUUGGACACAAGGAGAACCAAUUAUUGCUCCAGGAGGCUCAUCAGACUUCUCCAAGAUCUGCAUGGAGAUUGCUCCUCCUCAGUAAUGAGACACCUCAUCUGUGACUGAUGCUAACAUAUAAGCCAAUGGACAGGAGGGGUCCUGGAGACUACCUAGGCAGGUUGGUGUGCCAAAACUGCGCACAUCAACCUUAUAUUAAGAAAACAACCAUGGCAGUCCUGUAGUCUCUGCCCUCUGAACUUGUGUUGGAGGUAGAAGCCCACUCAACAAGUGUGCUCACUCAUCCUUCCUGCCCCUUCUGUUUGACCCCAAGGAUAUUCAGCCUAUUCCUUCCACACACACCCCCGCCUUAAUACUAGGUGUGCUGGCACUCUGGCCUGGACAGAGGACAUGACUUCAGGGCCCUAGGGCAAUAAGAAUGAACCUUUAGUCUCUGUACUUACUUAUUUAAUGUAAGU